AUGUCAACUCUCACGCAAGACGCCGAUCUAUCCCAAACCCCGCUAUACCGCUCCAUAUUCGACCACUUCCAGCGCCUCCACGGCCCAGCAUUGGACCGCAUCAGUGACGCCGCCGAGCCCACAGCUUGCCCAAGCCGCCCAUUACUAGCCUUCACCGGUAGCCACGGCGCCAACAACGCACGCAGUCCGCAAUGGGCCUGUGAUGGCCGCCGCCUGGCGCUGCUCAGCGACGGCGCCGACGCGGGAGUCUACCAGGUGUACCUGAGCGAUACCACCGACGCAGCUGCACCUAGCAACUUAGCGCUCGUGACGUCGCUCCCUGGCACGGCGGAGGCUCUCGCCUGGAGCCCUGAUGGCUCGUCCUUGGUGGUGCGGAUGGCAGAGCUGGACGCCGAUCAAGCAGGGGCGCUGGGGUCGGACGUCGCUGGCGGAAGAGCAGGCAGGUCAUCGAGCUGGUCACCAUCAGUGCACGCACGCGGCGUUAUCCGCGGCUGUCGAAGCGCGUGGGUUGUCGACCUAGCGACACAGCAAGCGCGGCGUGUGAGCAGAACGGACACGAAUGUCUGGGAGUUAGCGUGGCUGGGCAAUGAGCAGCUACUGGCGAUGGUGUCGGCGACGCCUGAUGAAGACGCCUGGUACGAUGCUUGGCUCGCAGCGCUCGACUUGCGCAGCGGCACCUGGCGGGAGCUGUACACUGGCUCGGCGCAGCUGGGACGGCCUGUUGCGGCGCCAUCUGGGCAGGCUGCUGCCGCGAUUGAGGCCGUGGCCAGCGAUCGGGGAGGCAUUGCUGGGCAGGUGCUGUUGUUCGACUUCGCCAAUGGUGCGGCUGUUGUUCCACGUGCGCUCGAUCUGAACGGCGUCGAUGUUACUUAUCUGUGCUGGACACAGGAGGCGCGGCUGUCAUUCAUCGGGCUUCGAAACGGCCACACGGUCGCGGGACACUACUGCCUCCAAUCUGGGAUGGUGGAAGAGCAUUGGAACAGCCCGUUGACAUGCGGUCCCCUAUUGCCUGAGGCCGCAGUGACUCGUGAUGGGGCCUUCGCCGUGGUUACUGAGGGCUGGGAGCAGCCUCCAACACUGUGCGAGGUACACCACGGGCGCACGCGUACUAUCACAGACUUUGCUCACGACGGGACUGACUGGUUACGCGCACGCGUCGGAAGCAUCGAGCGUGCUGUGUGGUCCGGGAGCGACGGCCUUGAAAUCGAUGGUCUGCUCUGCAAGCCUCGAGACCAGCCCGGACAGCAUGCUCUUGUACUGAACGUACAUGGCGGCCCCAUUUGGGCCUUUCGAAAUCUGUGGCAGAUGCGUUCCCCCAUCGUCGCUCUCCUCGUCGCCCGCGGCUACGCCGUCCUCAACGCCAACCCACGCGGCUCGAUCGGCCGUGGCCCCGACUUCAUAAACCGCGUACUUGGCGAUAUAGGCGGUGGCGAUGCGCAGGACCUGCUCGCGGGCGUCGACUCCAUGAUCACUCGCCGUGUGGCCGACUCUUCUCGCGUGGGCAUCAUGGGCGUCAGCUACGGCGGCUACAUGGCGGCGUGGCUACCAACCCUCAGUCGCCGUUUCGUGGCCGCCGUGCCUAUCGCGGCCGUCACGAACUGGACGUCGAACCACGCCACGUCGAACAUCGGGCGCUUCGACGAGCUCUUCUUCCGCGCCUCGCCCUACGAUCCCUUGGACCCGUACGCGGCGCGCAGCCCGGUCAUGCACGCCUCGAGCCAGCACGCGCCGACGCUGCAUAUUGCCGGUGCACUAGAUAGAUGCGUGCACCCGUCUCAGGCGGUUGAACACCAUCGCGCGCUCUUGGAUGCUGGGGCUGAGUCGGUGCUGGUGGUCUACCCUCAAGAAGGGCAUGGCGUGCGCCAGUUUCCGACGUAUUUGGACUUCUGCAGUCGUGUGGUAGGUUGGUUUGAGCGGAAUAUGCCCCCCACCGUGCAUGCUUGAGCGGGGGCGAAUGGGGAAGCAUUUGUACGUAUGACUAUGAAGCUCAAGCUGGCGUCUAACAUAUCAACGAUGGCGCUUGUUUCCAACCACAAACAAACGAAUGUCGUCGUGUACCAUUGUUGCGGAAAGGAGUGAAGAAGAGUGGAGGAAGAAAGGAGUGGAGAAGGAAAGGAAUGGAGGAUGAAGGGCGAAGUGAGGAAAUGGCGUUGUCGCGCUACCCGAAAAAGGCACCAAAGUCGUCCAGCAGCAGCAGUUGCGUUCGCCACUUGGAAUACUCUCAUUGUUGUGACCUUUAUGGCAGUCCGUUCCACGAGGCCAAGUCAUUCGCUUCUUAAUAAAAUUAUUGCGGAAAUAAAAUUAUUGCGACG